AUGGAGUCUGAAGAUGUUGCAUCAGCUCCUUCAACACCAAUGACACCAGGUACAAGCGGGGCUGCACUGUUUGGCGGGUUCAAGCCAGAGAGUAGUCAUACCGGCAACAAGAGAUCACCAUCUCUUCUCAAGAGCUGCAAGUGCUUCAGUGUUGAAACUUGGGCCGUGGAAGAGGGCACCUUACCCACCGUCUCCUGCGCAUUGCCCUCUGUCUCCUGCGCAUUGCCUCCCCCUCCUGUUUCACUUUCAAGAAAGGUGGGAGCUGAGUUCAUAGGCACCUUCAUACUCAUAUUUGCAGGGACAGCCACAGCCAUUGUGAACCAAAAGACACAGGGCACAGAAACUCUAAUCGGCCUCGCCGCCUCUACUGGACUCGCCGUCAUGAUUGUUAUUCUCUCCACCGGCCACAUCUCUGGAGCUCAUCUCAACCCAGCAAUUACCAUUGCCUUCGCUGCCCUCAAGCACUUCCCAUGGAGAAAUGUACCAGUUUAUAUGGGAGCACAAGUGUUGGCAUCCCUUUGUGCAGCAUUUGCCCUCAAGGGGAUUUUCCACCCUAUAAUGGGGGGUGGAGUCACCGUUCCUUCAGGUGGCAAUCUCCAAGCCUUUGCUUUGGAGUUCAUCAUCAGCUUCAACCUCAUGUUCGUUGUCACUGCAGUGGCCACAGAUACCAGAGCUGUGGGGGAGCUGGCGGGAAUCGCAGUCGGAGCUACUGUCAUGCUUAACAUACUCAUCGCUGGGGAGACCACGGGAGCUUCGAUGAAUCCAGUGAGAACUCUGGGACCAGCAAUAGCUGCAAACAACUUUAAAGCCAUAUGGAUCUACCUCACUGCUCCAAUCCUUGGGACACUGGCUGGGGCAGGUGUUUAUUCUGCAGUGAAGCUGCCCGAGAAAGAUGGCAACGCACAUGACAAACCUUCAGCAGCACACAGCUUCAGAAGAUGAUCCUUCAAGUACAACACCAUAACGUCAGGCAAUAAAGAACUCAGAUUCCCUGUCCUACAAUGCAUAGGUCCAUAUGGGCAAAAAUGGAGGUGGUUGGGGGUGGAUAUAGUGAAAAAGUAAAACAUGCCAUGUUCACUAAUUAAUCAUUCAUAUGGAUCAAGCUAGAGGUUACCAUGCAUGUGGGGAGGGGAAAAACUAGUGUGAUGUAUAAUGUCUGGGACUCUGGGUGAUUAACCUUCUUCAGAGAAGAGAUUUCGUACUUCGAAUUGAGUGAAACUGUUCUAUUGUGUUCAUGUUUAUUGGGUUGUAAAGGGCUGGGAGCAUCUUCAACAACAA